AUGGCCACUCCGAAUAUGCAAGUAUGCGAAGGAUGGAGGCUUAUUUUUUGUUUGCGAAUCAAAAUUAGGAAUGAAUAUGGGAGUGGGAUAAAAAACGACCACUUUAGAAUGCAACAAAACGGUGUUUCGAAAGAAGACAGAAACAUUAGCAACAGAAAAUGUGAAAAUAAGCUUGAGAAUUACUGUGGUUCAUUGGAACCAUUACCUACCAUGGGAAGUGUCGAGAUAUUGUGUCAAAUCCAUCUAAAAUUGUACUGUUAUGCCGCACCGAGUGUGAGAAUUGCAUUAUUGAAGCUCCCUCCUUCCGACAAAAACUUGGUCUAUUAUUUCCCAAUUCCAAAUACAGAAAAGCUUAGAAAAAUAUUAAAAUUCAGGGUCCCCCUUUUACUGUUUAAGAUGAUGAGCGGCAACAUUUUAGAAGUUAAAAGUCCUCAUCCUAAUUUCAAGAAACGAGGUUCUUCAAAAUUUGGGGAAUGCAGCCAUUUUCAAAUACCUCAUUUUGUAUAA